AUGGAGUCUCUGCACACAGAUCGGGACUACGACGAGGUAGAAUGCAAGACCAUCGACGGCACUGUCAUCCGGGGAUGGCUCUUCCCCGUUCCCGGCCCAGCUCCGGCCAUUGUCAUGUCACACGGAUUCAACUGUGUCAAAGAAAUGUCGUUACCUGACAUAGCGAGGUGGUUUCAACGCCACGGCUACAAUGUACUUCUCUACGACGCUCGGAGUAUUGGAGCUAGUGAUGGGACACCGCGGAAUAUGCCCGAUGUCUUGCAAAUGGCCGAGGAUGUUUCGGAUAUUCUAACCUUUAUUUCGACACUCCCAACCGUCGAUCCCUAUCGGCUGCUCCUGUUUGGGAUGUCUUUCGGUGCUACCGUGAGCGGUUGCGCGGCGGCUGUCGACCGCCGAGCCCGCGCUCUUCUCAUGGUAUGCCCUCUCUUCAGCUUCAUCCGCCCGGAUCGGCGGCGUGCGACAUUUGAUCAGGUUGUCAAAGAUCGCGUCUCCCAACUGCGUGGUAAUGAUCCCUUAUCUCUCCCCCCUUUUAAUAGCAGAGGUGAAAACAUCGCUGGUUUUGGCGGCGCGGGGGGACCUGGGGGUCUAGAAGCUUACAACCUCAUGCGUGCGGCGGCUGAGCUGGGCCAUCCGGGCUUCCGGGAUCGCAUCACAAUGCAGGCAUUCUAUAAACUGGCCAUGGCGCGUCCGAUGGAGCUUCUCGAGAUGAUUGACCCCAGCAUGUCCGUCAUGAUGGUGGUGCCAGAGAUGGACGACAUAUCCAACCCGGAAGAACAGUGCUUGGCUUUUACGAAGGUGAAACCGUCCAAAAAGCGACUGCAUAUUGCGUCAGGGAAAAGACAUCUGUCCAUCUUGACUGGUGAAGGUUCAGAGGAAUUACUGGAUGCCAUGCACGGCUUCUUUCAGGAAGCGCUAUCCGCGGACGAGCCGGCGAACUAG